AUGCUGCCCUCUGGGGUACAGAUGCUGCCGCUGCUGUGGCUUCUACUGUGGAUGCCCAAACUAGGGCUCUCCAGCACCCCAAUACCAGAAGAUGUAACAACUGGCCUGGUGCAUGAAGACACAUCCAGUCUGUACAACAGAGCCGGUGAUAGGGUGGACAACGAGACCACCGAGGAGGAGCCAGAGACCGGGAACGACUAUAAUGACAAGGAUGUCACCCGGGUGCUAAUGCUGGACAGCACCAAUGAAAUUUAUAAACAAUUUAGAAAGAGCCGGCACAGCGUGUACAUGGUCUUCAACACCACUGAGCUCCAGAAAGCCGUGCCUGACCCAUCAUCACUGUACCGGGCGGACCUGCUCAUCCACAAGCUGAAGCAGCAUCAGGAGCAGCAUGUAAUGCUGUUUGAGAAAUACAGAAGGAACUCCUGGCACUACCUCAGCCACCGGCUGUUGGCUCCUAGUGACACAGCUGAGUGGAUCGCCUUCAAUGUUACCGAUGCUGUGCGGCAGUGGCUGAACUACAGAGGUCCAAUCGAGGUCUUCCGCUUAAGGGGCGUAAGCUUGGGUGAGAAGGAAGACAAUGUUCUCCACAUGGACAUCGGUGGGAUCACACCCAAUGGCCACAAUGAGCAUCCUGACAAUGAAAACAGGAACCGGCCCUUCCUGCUCUUCCUGACCUCCCGGCUGAAGCAGGCUCAACGCAUGAACAGCUCCCAGUAG